AUGUCGUCCCCGCCAACCACUGGCCCAGGGCCAAUGGAAUACCCAUUCGCCCCGUCUCCAGACAUACUACGCACGCAUGAAAAGGACGCCUACAUGAUCGCGCAAGUCUCCUCGGAAGCAUCGACGAUCCUACGUGCUCUGCUCGGCGCGAGAGUGGCACACAAGUACUCCACGGCGACGAACCACCUGAGUGAACUCAUAUAUCUAAGUCUAACGACGCUGCUGGGCAAUCGCACACUAGGCGAGGAAUACUGCGACGUGAUCCAAGUCGAAUCCGACACGUUACGGCUAGCAGGGCUGGGGCGACGGGUCGGAUACGUCGCCAGCGUGGUGUUUGCGCCAUGGGCGUUGGGAAAGACCCUGCCCGCGCUGCGACGGAGGCUGAGAGGGAAAUUGGAGUGGAAUAUCGAAUAUGCUGAGAAGCAUAGCAACAACAAAAACAAAAACAACAGCCAUCCCCGAAGCGUCCAGCUCCAGAAAUAUAUCCUUGAGAACCUCGACACUCUGACCUCGCCCAAUCCGAUAUACGCUCUCAGCCUGGCGACGUUCUAUUUCACGGGCGCGUACUAUCAUAUCUCGAAACGCAUAUUCGGCCUGCGCUACAUCUUCACCAAACAGAUCAAGCCGGACGAGCAACGCGUCGGAUACGAGGUUCUUGGGGUAUUGCUCGUUCUUCAGCUGGCUGUGCAGGCGGCUUUGCAUGUCCGCGAAACAUACCUUGAAGCCACGGGCGAAGGGUCAGACGUUACGGCUGCAGCUUUCAUCAACAGCAGCAACAGCGACGACAAACGGGCAAGUCGUCUUGAUGGUGACGAUGUGGGUAUUGGCAAUGGUAGCGGCGGCGGCAGAUUCACCACUUCGUCCACCUAUCUUGGCCACGGGAUUGAAGCACCCAUCCAUUCCCACUCGAAAUCUGCUCUAGACGAGUCCGAUCCCUCAUCAGGCCAAGCACAACUGCUAGCCGGCACUGAUGUCGGCAUCACUACUCAACAUGUCCCCCGCGGUCUCGCAAGCACCACGUCGACUCCGGUCCUCCCCAACGGUCAGGCACGAUAUGACCUCAACGACCCGGAGCUGAUGGCCUGGAUCCCGGACGGGCAACAGCGCAAAUGUACGCUGUGUCUCGAACCGCUGCGGGAUCCGAGCGCCACGACGUGCGGACACGUCUUUUGCUGGACUUGUGUGCAGGACUGGGUCAAGGAGAAGGCCGAGUGUCCGCUGUGUAGGCAGAGCGUUCUUGCUCAGAAGAUCCUGCCGCUACGGGGGACUCGGUAA